ACUUCGGGCAUUGAAGAACUUCUCGUCACUGAAAGCGGUACUAUCGAGUUUACAGUCCGAGCCGGUGCACCGAUUGAAAUCCGUAUGGGCUCUCGUUCCAAGUAUGCGGCAAUGUACUUCUUCAGUCGAUCAAUGGCGCAAUUCCGCGAUCUUUCCGCUAUCUACGACAUGGACGAAGAGGGUGACGAACGGAACGCUCGACGUAUACUGGAGCAGGAAGGAACAGCCAAGAGUUCGCCGCUGAGACGACCGCAGCUUGUUCAGAACUGUCGACGUACCAAGAGUGAUGUAAAUCUAGCCGAGUGCCAGGGUACUGUGCCUUACUUGGGGUCGUUUCUCACGGACCUGACUAUGAUUGAUCAGUGCACGCAGGAUUUCACAGAAGGUCCUUAUUUUACUGUAUUAAUGUUCUUCUAA